AUGCACGGCACGGUAAAGAGGCGGCUCAAGAAGUACACCAGCGUGACCUUCCACAAGCCCAGGACUCUUAAGAUGAGGCCGGACCCAAAAUACCCGAGGAACAGCUUGGGGAAGAUGCAGAAACUGGACCACUAUGCCAUACUGCGGUAUCCAUUGACGACGGAAUCGGCCAUGAAGAAGAUCGAAGAAAACAAUACAUUGGUCUUCAUCGUGGAUAUCCGAGCAAACAAGAAGCAGAUCAGGGAUGCCGUGGAGAAGAUGUACGACAUUCAAACGAAGAAGAUCAACACACUGAUUCGCCCCGAUGGCCAGAAGAAAGCGUACGUCCGACUAACAGCAGAGAAUGACGCCCUUGACGUUGCAAACAAGAUCGGGAUCAUCUGA